CCUGGAGCUCUGUUGGGCAUGGAAAAUUCUCCCUGGAGCCAGGCAGGGAGUGGGACAAGCCAGUAGAGGAACUGGCCUAUUUUCCACCCCUUUCAAAUCCAUGCCUGGAUUGCCUGCUACCUGCCUGGUUGGGUUUUUUAGAUCCCCAGUCAGCGUUGUCGGCUGUGGCACGUGGGCCCCUGCCAUCCCACACUGGGUCUGAGUCACUGCCCUGGCUGGAAUCAGCCAUCCAGGGCUCCACAGCCCAGGUUGGAGUUGGGUAAAGGGCAUCUUGUACCCAGCAAGAGCCCUGGGCCAGGGCCAGCACUCCCGUGGGAGGAGGGAUCGCCCCCAGCCAUGGCAGGGGAAGGGCUUGUGCCUGCUUGCACUUGCCACAGGAGGCUGGUGGAGAGAGAACCUUCUCUGAAGGUAACUUCAGCCAUGGAGAGGAUGCAGCAGAUCGUGGGGAGGGCGAGGGCCGCCUUCAACUCGGGCCGGAGCCGCCCGCUGGAGUUCAGGAUGCAGCAGCUGAAGGCCCUGGAGAGGAUGGUGCAGGAGAAGGAGAAGGAGAUCCUGGCAGCGCUCAAGGCGGAUCUGAACAAGAGUGGGCCCAGUGCUUACAGCCAUGAGAUCCUGGGUGUUCUGAGGGAGCUGGCCCUGACCAUGGAGAAGCUGCCAUCCUGGGCAGCCCCUCAUCCUGUGAAAAAAGACCUGCUGACCCUGAGGGACGAGGCGUACAUCGGCUACGAGCCCCUGGGCGUGGUGCUGGUCAUCGGGGCCUGGAACUACCCCUUUGUGCUGGUCAUGCAGCCCCUGAUCGGGGCCAUCGCAGCAGGCAAUGCCGUGGUGGUGAAGCCCUCAGAGGUCAGCGAGAACACGGCUCGGCUGGUGGCCGAGCUCCUCCCACAGUACCUGGACAAGGAUCUGUAUGCCGUGGUCACUGGAGGAGUUCCUGAGACAACCGAGCUGCUGACCCAGAGAUUUGAUCACAUCCUCUACACUGGCAGCUCUGCAGUGGGCAAAAUUGUGAUGGCAGCAGCUGCCAAGCACCUGACCCCUGUCACCCUGGAGCUGGGGGGGAAGAGCCCCUGCUACAUCGACAAGGACUGUGACCUGGCUGUCGCCUGCAGGCGGAUAACGUGGGGCAAGUACAUGAACUGUGGGCAAACCUGCAUCGCCCCAGACUACAUCCUGUGUGACCCAUCCAUCCAGAGCAAGGUGGUGGAGAACAUCAAGGCCACUCUGAAGGAAUUCUACGGGGAAGACGUGAAGUCGUCUCCAGACUAUGAAAGGAUUGUCAACCAGCGCCACUUCAAGAGGGUCAAGGGCCUGCUGGAAGGGCAGAAAAUUGCUCAUGGAGGAGAGACUGAUGAGGCCUCCUGCUUCAUAGCACCAACCAUCCUCACGGAUGUUUCCCCGGAGUCCAAGGUGAUGGAGGAGGAAAUCUUUGGCCCAGUGCUGCCCAUUGUGACUGUGAAGAGUGUGGAGGAGGCCAUUGAGUUCAUCAACAGUCGGGAGAAGCCCCUUGCCCUGUAUGUUUUUUCCAACAACAAGCAGCUGAUCAGACGGGUGAUAGCAGAGACCUCCAGUGGUGGCACGACAGCCAACGAUGUCAUCAUGCACUCCGUGGUCCCAGACCUGCCCUUCGGCGGCGUAGGUCACAGUGGGAUGGGAGCCUACCACGGCAGGUUCAGCUUCGAGACCUUCUCGCACCGCCGCGCCUGCCUGAUCAAGGACCUGAGGUGGGAGGUUGUCAACAAGCUGAGGUACCCACCUGGCAGCAUGGAGAUGAUGCAUUUGGCCAAACUCCUCCUCCUGAAGCACUGUCACAAGAGCAGAGUGGCACAGUUUGUCUCAGCCCUGCUGGCAGCUCUGAAAGCUGUGGUGGCAAAGAUGCUGUGUCCCCAGCGAGAGGGCUGAUGAGCAGCCAGCCCUUGGACCCACUGCUUGCUCCCUGCAGUCCUUCUGCUGAACUUUUCCUUACUGCAAUUUCAUUUCUUCCAAGGCAGACAAUGCACUGAGGAGGUAGAACACCAAAAAAAAAAAAAAAAAAAAAAAAAAAAGGGCACCUAAAGCAGAGACACCCCAAGUUAAAGGUUCCAGCUCCUGGUGUAACAGGAAUCUACCCAGACCUAGGCUGUGGUCAUGCCUGAGCAGUGACUGGCAGAUGGAAGGAAACAGCAUCCACCCUGCUUUGUAAACAGUAGCUCCUCUGAAAAGUCCUGGGAACGUGGGAGUGUUUGUCACAAAGGUAUCUAAACAAAGCCAGUCCUUAGUGAGCCUGUCAUCUA